UGAGUCUGUUUGUGAAAUGGGUGGGGUCAUACCUACUGAGGAGUGGUUGGCAGAAGUGAGAUAAUGUGUAUAAAGUUGUUUAAACAUAGCAGAUGGUCAGUAAACGUAGCCAGUGGUCCUCACAGGCCAAAGGGCCGCCUCUACUGAAGUGAUCGGCCUAUUUGGUUGGACCAGGGGGGUCAGGCGGGUACGAGGGAAGGGAGCCCAGAAAGAGAAGCCUAUGAAUGUGAGGGUGUCCGGUGGGCGUGCUUGGUGUGACCCUACAAAUAAAAUUGUGGAGUUGCAGAGACUUACAUGGAAGCCAGUCUGGAGGGGAGCAUUUGCUGACCAGAGCCCUCCGUCAGCUACCCUCCCCCUCCACUGCCCAGGGAAUUCCUGGGACAGGUGGGGGCAGGUCCUUCAAAGCUUGGGGAGGCCCUGGCAGAGAAGGCCUGCUCUCUGAGCCCUCCGGAGGUCACGGCCUCCACUAUCCUUUGCCUCAGCUUCUCAGGAUGCUCAUCACCACAAGAGAGACUCCCUGGGAAAGGGGGGGAGCCAGCAGGAGAGCUGAAAGGCCAGGCCAUCCACAGGACUCAGGGAUGCAAAUCUCCGCCUCCCAUCAGUUUCUUAAGUUCCACGGUGGAUUCACCACAUGGGUCUCCUUAUUCCUAUUCCUCUCUUAAAGGGGACUCGACCACCUGCCUUCAGCCCACAGAGUCAGUCAGUGUUGGUGAAACACUCAUCAAAUCUUCCUCUGACCUGGAAGAGCCCAGAGCCCUGCUUGAGGUUAAGUCAGAGAAAUGGAGUUGAACUGGGAGAGGGUGCCUGCUGCCCUGCCAGGCGGUGGUCACCCUUGAGCUGGAAUGCUUGCAGGAUGGCGGAGCGGGAAGAGACCUCUGGGUUCUUCUAUGAGAAAACCAAAGAGCCCAGGGAGGGAGAGGAUUUGCCCGAAGUCACACAGCUGCUUAAGAAGCAGCUAGAGCCCGUCUCUGUUUCUCUUUACUAACUGAUGCUCCAUUGGUUUUCCUCCCUGAGCAGUAGAAGAGGCCUUGGGGCAGGGAGUGAGGCCAUUUCCCUCUGGGUCUCUGUUUCUUCAUCUGCUAAAUGGGAAUAACUAUACUUCCCUGCCAACACCCCCACUUGUUUAUGAAGCUUUGGUGAGUAAAUACAGGGGAAAUGGCCUCCGUGGCAAAGCUGUCUGCCUGGUGACCACAGGACCCCAGAUUGGAGGCGACUGUGAGGGAUCUGAGGGUGGGCAGGGCAGAUGGGCCCAGAAGAUGUGUGUUCACCUUGUCAUCCUCCCCAGGUGAGUCCCAGGCCUGGGUUGCCAUGGAUACCGUGUCCCUAGAGCAUCAGAUCCAGAGCGUGCAACGCCACAUCAGCUUCCUGAAAAAAGAGCAGAUGGCCCUGCUGCGAGACCUGCACCUGGAAAUCCUGAGGCUGCAGAAACGCUGCUCAGAACUGACCCGUGACCUGGAGAUGAGAGAGGCCCAAUCUCACCAGCAAGAGGAGGCGUCCCGGGAGCUGGAGAGCAAGUGCCGCGCGCUGGAGUCGCAGUGUGGCGCAGAUAGUGGUUUGGGAGUCAGCCAGUGGAGUGGGAGCUGA